GGCGCACAGGCUCCUUUCGCAUGCACGACACCAACACCGGCCAGCGACAGCCCAAGCAGGACUCGGCCAGCGCGAGGACAUGGGACGACGGCUCCCAAUCCAGCAGAGUGCGGGGCUGGUGACAGGACAGGCAGGCCGUCCGUUUGCUGUCUGUCAGGGUCCGAGUCCUGUCACCCCUUCCUCCCCCGCUGAAUGCAACCGCUGCCCGCCCGCCCGCGUAGGACCGGGAGCCGUGGGAGUGGGAGGAGAGGGUCCCAGCACUUCCGUGCCCAAAUGCUGGCGGCGAAUAGUCUGGCAACCCACGGACCGCCGUGCAUCAAAACAAAAUGGCAGCCCGCCGCCACCAACAAGAAGAAUUCGCCCAUUUGGCAGACUUGCGAUUGCUUCCUUCCCAUGGACGUGGCCAGAUCCGUCGAGCCGUGCAGGAUCCGUGUCGGCCCCGUGCUCUGCGCCCUGCCUCUGCGGUGGCAUCCGGGCGGUAUUGCGCGCCCCCCUUUCAGGACUCGGAGGCAAUAGACGGACUCUCGUCAUGUACGCUUCGGCGCGCAGCAGUGCCAUGCGCACAGCAGAUGCCAUGCGUGCAGCAUGCAGCACAUCUAGUCGCCGCGCCGAAGACCCGGAUCGGCAGGCACAAUGCCCUUUUUGCUCUUGGGUUUGUGCUUGUGUUUUGCUUGCUGGCGGGUCAGGUCAGGCUCGGAUUGUCUCGAGAUAUUUCAGCAGUUGCAGAGACGGGGUAGUGCUCUUCGGGUCCAUAAACACCACCGUGCAAAAUCUUACGUAGGUGGAAAUGUUUAAUUGUAAUUAGCGUACUGUACCUGCGUCGGCGUAACCUCAAUACAUUAUAAUACCAGA